UCCCAUUUGCAGGGAUGACGCAAGCGGAAACCCCGCCGGCGCACGUUAGCGGAUGCCACGCUCUUCAAAAAUCAACGGAAAACCAGUCGAGAAAAAACGAAAUCUCUAAUGAAUUUGAUUUAAUUUCAUUUAUAGCGAAUCCGACAAUGAAGAACUUAAAUGAAAAUCUUUUGGUUUUCGUUCUUGUAUCCGCCUUUCGGAAAAUCUCAAGGAUCCGAGCCGGUGUUUUAUAGAAGCUUCGGUGGUCCCGCAUCCGAUGGUGGGCUUGUCUGCUACAAUCCAAACAUCCCUCGGGAGUUUGUGAGCACGAGGCAUCAGAAUCCCAGACAGUAGUUCGAUGGAGAGAAGGAUGGCUUCCAUCUAUAGAUUCAACAUGUUGGUGAUUCUGCUUGCGAUGGCAUCUGCAUCAAUGAUUGUAGUUUCUGCCAAGGAUGAUUUUGUGCAGUGUGAAAGUACUGUCAAGAACUGGGCAACUUCCUCAUUCAACUAUAGAGUCAAAGGAGACAAACUAACCCUGCGAGACUUGCUAUUCUUUCUCCAUGUUCCCAGAACUGGGGGACGCACCUAUUACCACUGCUUUCUUAAAAAAUUAUACACCAAAGAUCAGGAAUGUCCCUCUUCCUAUGAUAAACUACGCUUUGAUCCUAGCAAACCAAACUGCAGGUUGAUGGCUACUCAUGAUGACUAUAGUAUGAUGUCCAAACUUCCAAAGGAGAGAACUUCGGUGGUCACGAUACUGAGAAACCCAGUGGAUCGUGUAUUUAGCACAUAUGAGUUCUCUGUGGAAGUUGCAGCUAGAUUUUUAUUCAUUCCAAAUUUAACGGCAGCAACACGAAUGGAAGCACAACCACCCUCAAAAUCUCAUGGAACUAACACGUUGGAUAUUUGGCCAUGGAAGUACUUGGUUCCUUGGAUGAGGGCAGACCUAUUUGUUCGGCGGGAUGCUAGGGAAAUUGCGAAUAUUUUGGAGAUCAAAGAAACUGGUGAUCCAUACAACAUGGAACACAUGGUUAUGCCUUUACACAAGUUCAUCAAUGAGCCUCUAGCUCAUGAUAUUGUUCACAACGGAGCCACUUUUCAGGUGGCAGGACUGACAAACAACUCUCGUUUAGCGGAAUCACAUGAAGUGCGCCAUUGCGUGAGGAAGCAUCCAUCACUUGGUCAAUAUGUACUUGAUGUUGCAAAGAACAGAUUGGAUGAUAUGUUAUAUGUUGGACUUACUGAGGACCACAAAGAGUCAGCAACUAUGUUUGUGAAUAUGGUCGGGGUGCAGGUGCUUUCCCUAUUGGAAGCUCUAAGCUCUCGUAUCGGUCAAGCUGCUAACAACAGAACAGAGCUGAACUCCUCUUCUGGGCCUGAUAGUUCAAGCCAGCUGCAGAGUAGCAUUGCAGAUGAAAACACCAGCGGAAUUCCGAUGGGAAAUGUCGAAACCCGAAAUGAAAAUAUGACAGUUGUAAAACUGAUGGAAGCUUAUGAGGUUUGCAGUUCUGGUUUCCGGAAAACUCUUUCAACUCGACGAAACAUAUCAUUUAAGAGAAUCUCUAUAGUAAACUUUUCAGAUGAGGCACGCCUUCAGGUUCCUGAAACAGUUCUCCAGCAGAUACUUUUGCUAAACAGCCUUGACGUGGAGCUUUAUAAGCAUGCUCAGGACAUCUUUGCACAGCAGCAGAAACAUCUUGCCGAGAAGUUGGUUAAAGUGGAAAUACAAGAAAUGUGGAGAGAUUCAUUCGGGGACAGUCCCUGGAAGGUCCUUCCGUUAACUAUUGCAGCCUUCUUAUUCCUUGCUCUCAUCUUUUUCAUUUUAAGUUCAAGAAGAACUUCAAAACUCAAGGUUUGAAUAGCUAUCCCAUACUGUGAAGUGUGAUCAACUACAAGUGUAGAGAUUGGAAUAGGUGGGUCCACCAGAAGCAGGUGUUGAGAAACGGCUACCAAGUAGGCUGCCAGUAUCACCCGCUGGUCCAUAUUUUAUUUGAAGAUAGCCAAAGAGAAGCUCUGAAUACAGAAAGGUGUUUUUUAAGGAAGGAUAGAGAAACAUAUGGCUUGUGAGUCUCCCUUUCUUUUUAUUAUUAUUAUCUUCUUCUUCUUUUUUCAAAUUUUGGGCAAAAGAAAUUGACUUUUGUUGGCUGGCUUUUCUUAUUAUCUUUUGCAUCAUAAACUAAUAUCUAUCA